AUGACGUUUACCGUCGCACAGUUGGUGAAGUGGGAUACAGACUUCUGGAUUGUUCUCACAGGCGACAUGUUCAAAUGGACAUUUUCUGGCGUUCAUCGGCGUCUUGCAUCCACGUUCAGCGGACUCGUCGGAGCCAUCACCACAAUCGUUUUCACCGUCGCACAGCCAGUUCUGGAAACCAUCACCACAAUCAUUAUCACUAUCACACUUCCAUUGCUCCGGAAUGCAUCUGUGAUUGUCGCAUUGGAAUUUCUUGGCGGCGCAGACUGGUUUCUGGCCGUCCUUACAGUAUUUGACGUCCUCGUCGGAAUAGUCACCACAAUCGUUAUCACCGUCGCAACCGUAUUGAGCGGGGAUGCAUUUUUUGGUAUUCCGACAUUUGAUGGUGUUCUCCGCGCAUUCUGUCUCGUGGAAACAUUUUUCUCCUUUCUCGUCAACUUCAUCGGAUUCAUCCAGACAAUCAUUCUCACCGUCGCACUUCCACUCUUUUGGAAUGCAUCUUCCAUUUUUACACUGGAAUUGGGUGGAGUUAGAGGUACACAACUGCUCGAUGGGCUCCGAUGGGUCCUUCUGACAACUGUGAUUAUUGUCCUUGUUGAUUUUGAAGCCUUGACGACAGGCGCAUUUCGCUUCAAGCUCGUUGGGAUUCGAUUCGGAGGGCGUGGCGAAACAGAGUUGGGUGCAUUGCGAGGCGCGGCAUGGGUGCUCACGGGAGUCGUCGGGGAUCGGUUGGUUUUGAUGGGAACAGGCUUUGAGGGAGAAGAUUGA